UAAGCGCACGCAUGACCGAACUCACAAAACAGGGUAUAGGCACCACUACUAAACAGGCAGAGGCGAUAAGCGAGGAAACAGAAAGCACUCUCUGGGAAAAGGGUUUGCUUGGGAAUACCAGUUCUAAAGCUAUAAUGAAUACCAUGUUUUUCUAUAACAGUAAACUUUUUGGACUCAGAGGUGUAGAUGAGCAUUGGAAUCUGUCCGUGGACCAGUUCGAACUGGGAAAGGAUCAGACGGGUGCCUAUAUAUUAUUCAAGGGCAGAGCCAACAAAACGUACAAAGGUGGACUCAAUCAGCGGAACUUAAGUGCCAAAAACUUAAAACACUAUCUACAAAAUCCAGUACUUUUUAAGAUAUAUGAACAAUAUUUGAAUAUUGUACGUGAUUUAAAUGGAACAGCCGUUUACAGGAGACCGCUAGAUAAAGGAAGUAUUAAGUUUGGUGAACAGUCGGUAGGGGUCAACAAAUUGUCUAAUAUCAUGAAAACCAUGUGUGCAGAAGCCGGAAUAGAUGGGUAUUUCACUAACCACUCUGGUAAAAGGACAUGUGCCACGACAUUAUACCAGGCAGGAGUCCCAGAACAAGAAAUCAUGAACAGAACAGGCCAUAGGUCAGUGGAGAGUGUUAGAAAAUAUAAAAGGGCUUCCAAUGAGAUGUUAAAGGAUAUCUCAAAUAUCCUUGAACCGAGCGAAAGCAUUUGCAAGAAAAUUAAACAUGAAGACAGCACAGAAAUUCAGAAUCGCACAGAAAAUCGUGAACCAUCAAAAAGUGCUGCAGGAGGCGUUGGAAGUUUGUUCACUGGGUGUGUGUUCAAUUUUAAUAGUGGAAGUUAAAUAUAUUUGUGAUUAUUUCAGUAUUUCAUAAUUUGUGGAUUAUGUGGUGUCUUUUAUUCAAAGGAAU